AUGACUUCUCACAACCAAAUCAACGCCACGCAAGAUAUCGUGCAGCAACUUCCCGGAGAGGUUGUAGCACACAUUGCAUCGUACACCGACAACGAAAGCCUCAGCAACCUUCGUCUUACCUCCCAGGACGCUGCUGACAAGACAGCCAGCGAAUUCGCCAAGAGACACCUCAAAGUUCUUGAUCUGAAGCUGCCAGUCACCAAAGAGGAAUCAUUCUCUUCCGGCCUACCUUGCCCCCUAGUAGACGAAGAGUUCUCAACCACGGUCAAAUUCAUCGAACAGAACGACCUUGGCGGUUACGUUCAGCGCAUCACCUUUUCCGAAGAGUCUGACCAGGACGACUUUUCCAUCGAAUGCAGAAUUCGUCUCCGAAUCUUCUUUCUCCAGCUGACGUCUCUCCGUGCCAUCUCGGUCAAAUUCCAGUGCGUACCAGCCGCGAAAUUCUUCCUGUCCUUCCUCGCAACUGUACCGAAGAUUCCUCUCACGGAACUCAACCUCCAUGGCGCCUCCAUCAACUCGGCCUCACAGCUUAUGCCUGUCUUGAGAAACUUCUCGGCUUCGCUCAAUCGCAUUCAUUUCGAAGGUGUACGAAUGCCUCGUAAAGACUGGAUUCGAGUUUUCAACUACAUCCGCGAUGGAAUGAACGUCAACCGACUUUGUUUGUACAAAGUCCAAGCGACCGAAGACAAGGAUGAUGAGAUGUUGCUGGAUUCUGUUUUGCCGGAAAAUGAGCAGUAUUAUGUUUGUGAUCCGGAAAGCAAAGAAUGGUGGCACAUUACCAAGGAGUUUACCAUUAUGCAUGGGCAGGCUGGAGUCAAGGAUGGGCUUGGUGAUGUGAUCACAUUGAUGGAACGUGUUUCCUAA